UGCUCUUAGCCCCCCGAUCUUCUUCCCUGAUCUCCGCGAAGGAAAGCGAAAUGUGAAAAAUCGCGGAGCACACCCUCGUCCCCGUAGUCCGCCACUGGCAACUGGCAACCAAUUCGGUCUCCCUUUCCCUAAUCUCGCUCCCCAGUCCGUCUCCGGGCUCCGCACGGCGCGCACCGACAGCUUACCUUGGCGCCCUGUCUCGCGUUCGCGGUAGCUCGGCGCAACGGUGGGCGCCUCGGCCGGCUGUCUCUCCACCGGACAAGCAGUACCAUACUAGUAGCAGCAAAGGUCGGGCCAUGUCGAGCGCGGUGGUGAACGGGCUGGCCGGCGCCGGCGGCGGUAUCAUCGCCCAGAUCAUCACAUACCCCCUCCAGACCGUGAACACUCGGCAGCAGACAGAGAGGUCAGCGAAGAAGAAGAAGGCCGGUAGUGGUGGCUCCGACGCUUCCACCCUCUACCAGAUGCUCCAGCUGGUCCAGACGGAAGGCUGGGGUGGGUUGUACAGCGGCCUCAAACCCUCACUUAUUGGCACCGCUGCCUCCCAGGGAAUCUAUUACUACUUCUACCAGCUUCUGAAGAACAAGGUGGAAGAUGUGGCAGCUGCUCGUGGGAAAAAGGGCCUAGGGGAUGGCACUGUUGGGAUGUUUUCUUGGCUUGUUAUUGCAGCUGUUGCUGGGUCAAUCAAUGUUCUUCUUACAAUUCCAAUAUGGGUUCUUGUCACACGUAUGCAGACACAUACGCAGGCAGAAAGGAAGGUGAUAGAGUCCAAGAGGGAGCUUUUGCUUAAGGAAAUACCCAGGGCCAAUUCAAUGGAUGCUCAUAUUCUUAAGGAUAGAUUAGCAAAACUUGAUUCUGAAAAACCUUGCCCAUAUGGCACAAUUCAAGCGAUCCGGGAAGUCUAUCGUGAAUCAGGCAUAAGUGGAUUCUGGAAAGGACUUAUUCCGACACUAAUUAUGGUAUGCAAUCCAUCAAUUCAGUUUAUGAUAUAUGAAACGCUGUCAAAGCGUCUCCAGUCGAAGCGGUCUGGAAAGCGAUUCCCCAAGAAGAACAUCACUGCUAUGGAGGUAUUUUUAUUAGGUGCAAUAGCAAAGCUGGGAGCUACUGUUGUGACCUACCCGUUGUUAGUGGUCAAGUCUAGGUUGCAGGCAAAACAAGAAAUUGGCAGAAACGCGGCGUCCAGAUAUACAGGUACAUUGGAUGCGAUAUUGAAGAUGAUUCGCUACGAGGGAUUGCACGGAUUUUACAAAGGAAUGGGCACAAAGAUUGUACAGAGUGUUUUUGCCGCCUCGGUCCUUUUUAUGGUGAAGGAGGAGCUGGUCAAGUUUGUGAUUCUUUUAGUAGCCAGGAGUAGGACUCUGCUUCUUACUAGAUCUAACAAACGAUAGAUCUUGUUUUGUGAUCAGAUUAUUUUAUGGUGUCAACACGUAGUAUUCCUCUUGAAAA